AGUAGGUGGUUACUUCGAAUGAAAUGGCCAAAUUUCCCUUGCAGUACUUGUUUCUGAUAUUGUUUGCAAGGCUAGAAGGCCGUGAUGAAUGCAAGGUUUCCUGGUGCAAGAAGCAUGGUCCGGCCAUCCGUUUCCCCUUCCGGCUUAAAGACGACAACCAGCCGGGACACUGUGGCUAUCCGGGGUUUGAGCUAAUGUGCAAUGAGAGAAAUCAAACGGUGCUCCAGUUACCAAAUUCGGUAAAUUUGCUGGCCAAGAAGAUUGAUUACAAGUCUCAAUCGAUUCACCUGUUUGACGGGGAAGGCUGCCUUCAAGGACAGCUUGUAAACCUCAAUUUAUCUACUGCCUCUACUUUUCAGUUUUAUCCACAUUUACUGGUCAAGAAGAUUGAUCCUUCUAGGUUCAUGGCUUCCUACGCUUUGUACAAUUGUUCUUCACCAGAUGAACAUUUACAUUACUUCAUCCCUUGCCUUAGUACUGUUCCGGGAUAUCAAAUUUAUGCUGUCAAUGAUUACUCACUUCUGCUUACAAGUCACUACCUGACUUCCUGCACAAAGAUUCGUAACUACACUUCAUUUAUUAGUCCUGGCAAUAUAUAUUUCGAGAGCGAUUAUCUUAUAUUGUAUUGGUGGAAACCAAAUUGCUCCAAAUGCGAAUCAGAAGGCAAAUUAUGUGGUUUAACGAAUCAUUCCACGGGACAUGAAAUUGAAUGUUUCAACAUGCCUAAAACAGCAAAAGCUAUUGUGAAUUCGGUUGUCAUAAUUUUUGCUGUGGUAGUCCUCACGCUCUAUCGUGCUUAUAGAUCAAACAAAAUGUUGAAAGAAGAUGAAGUAAAGAUUGAAAAAAUUUUGGAGGACUACAGAGCACUCAAGCCCUCAAGAUACUCUUAUGCUGAUAUCAAAAAGAUCACAAAUCAAUUCAAGGAAAAACUGGGAGAAGGGGGUUAUGGGACAGUGUUCAAAGGAAAACUUUCCAAUGAGAUUUUUGUAGCUGUUAAGGUCCUGAACAAUUCAAUAGGAAAUGGAGAAGAGUUCAUCAAUGAAGUAGGAACAAUGGGCAGGAUCCACCAUUUGAAUGUGGUUCAUUUGGUUGGCUUCUGUGCUGAUGGAUCUAGACAAGCUCUUGUUUACGAGUUUUUGCCAAAUGAUUCUCUAGAAAAGUUCAUCUUUUCAGAAGGUCACAAGAACCAUUUCCUCAGUUGGGAGAAGCUGCAAGAUAUUGCUCUGCGCAUAGCGAAAGGAAUUGAAUAUCUUCAUCAAGGGUGUGAUCAAAGAAUCCUUCAUUUUGAUAUUAAACCUCAUAAUAUAUUGUUGGACCACAAUUUCAAUCCAAAGGUCUCUGAUUUUGGCCUCGCAAAGUUGUGUUCUAAGGAACAAAGUGUUGUCUCUAUGACUGCUGCAAGAGGGACCAUGGGUUAUGUUGCCCCUGAAGCCUUUUCUAGGAAUUUAGGGUAUGUGUCGUAUAAAUCAGAUGUAUAUAGCUUUGGAAUGUUGUUGCUUGAAAUGGUUGGUGGGAGGAAAAAUAUUGAUGUUAAAGUGGAGAACACUAGCCAAACGUACUUCCCAGAAUGGAUUUAUAAUCGUUUAUAUCACGGAGAAGAACUUGGUAUGAUCAGCAUUGAGAUUGAGGAACAUGCAAAAAUAGCACAAAAACUAGCUAUUGUUGGGCUAUGGUGCAUUCAGUGGUACCCUGUGGAUCGGCCUUCCAUGAAAGCUGUGAUUCAAAUGCUGGAAAAAGAAGGAAACAACCUAACCAUCCCACCAAAUCCUUUUGCUUCUGCAAGUCAAGCCUGCAACAGCUCUCAAUAGAGAGUUAGCAGUAAUUUUAGAAUGAAAUUAAGAGCACAAUUGUUGAUGUUUCUUACUAGUACUGUCUAAAUAUUUAUGCUCAAUACGCAAUGUUAUUUACUCAUCAAUAAGUACCGUAAUCUUAUCACAAUCUAGGUGAUCUUGAAUAAGUGCUAUUUCUUUUUUUCUUUUCUUUUUUCUCCUUUUUCUAUCUUGUAUAAGUUUACAUGGCUUGAAAUAUUUAAUGUAAUGUUAUUAGAAGAAACAUCUUAAUUAUGGUGUUGAAUUCGAAUUAAAACUCUAUUGGUGUGCAAGGACCCUAAAAUGAUA